AUGUACUCUUGCGCAAACUACCCCCGCGGCUGCCGAGGUCGUGUCAACCGCCAGGGCGCCAAGUGCUCUGACUGUGUCACACUCAACCUCCGCCGCCCAGCGUCCGCCUCUCCAUUCGCACAGCCCCGGGACUACAAACGCAGCUUGCCCUCGGAGCGACUCAGCGACGCCGCCUUCAAGGUUUCGGACCUUGAGCUGUAA